CCUCCUCCUCCUGACAGGCAUGAGCUCCCGCAACCUAGACAACUGGGUCCCCUUGCCGCCCGCCAUCAAUCCCCUCACGGCCGUCAGACGAACCACGACAACAGUGUGCUCGAAUGCACAACACGUAGCUCUUAAUCAGGCCGCAAUCGAGCAACUGGCCAAGAUGUGGGCAACGGACGGGGGCGGCGGAGGGGCGAGCGUCGGGUGGGAGGAGACCGGCUGGCACUACUCCGAGGACGCGGCGGUCGGAGGAAACCUGACGUGCACCUACGUCUUUGUACUGGACUGCCUGAACUUCUGCUUCUGGCCGACGCCCGGGCUGGAGUAUGAGCACCUGGCUUUCGGCCUCAAGGCCGCCGUGCAGCGGGACCCGCUCGCCCUCUCCGCUGACCGGCUGGCGGUGGCGACGGAGGAGACGAUCCGCGGCUGGUUCUCCGGGUUCGAGAUCCCGCAGAUCUCGGAGCGCGCCGCCAAGCUCCGGGAGCUGGGGUGCGUCCUCCAGGCGCACUUCGGCGGGGAGGCGGCGCUCCUGGUCGCGCGGGCGGCCCGCUCCGCGGCCCGCCUGGUGCGCUUACUCACCUGCCUCCUGCCGGGCUUCCGCGACGAGACCCUCCACCAGGGCCGGCAGUGCUUCUUCUACAAGCGCGCGCAGAUCCUGGCGGCGGACCUGUGGGCGGCCUACGGCCGCCCGCCCCCCGGCUCCGGCAGCCUGUACGCGUUCGAGGACAUCGGGGAGCUCACCAUGUUCGCGGACUACCGGGUGCCGCAGGUCCUGGCGCACCUCGGCGUCUUGGAGUACAGCCAGGCGCUGGAGACGAAGAUCGACGGACUCGAGCGCCUGCAGCCGGGCAGCGAGGAAGAGGUGGAGAUCCGCGCGAUGUGUGUCCAGGCGGUGGAGGGUCUGAGAGCCGCGCUCGCAAGGCGAAACGUCGUCGUGACCAGCGUGGAGAUAGACUGGCGUCUGUGGCACGAGGGCGAGAGGAUCAAGAAGGACAUCCAACCACAUCACCGGACGCUCACCUGUUUCUAUUGACGGCGUAACUUGUGGGGCGCAGGGCGGCGGGGGCGGGGGGCGAAGCUGGGGGGGAACGGAAUGGUUAAGUGAAAUGAUUUUUACAUCGCGGGGGCAACGCGAGAAAAAAAAAAAUCAUCGCAGUUUCUUGAUUUGCUGAGAGAAGUGCCCCCUCACGAACCGUGCGAGAGGGCGGCGGGGCUGUGUCUUGAGUGGCACGGACUGUUGUGGUGUGUUUAUGUCAGUGAUAUAUUAUGUGUGUAGCACGUGAAGUCUCAGGUUCUGGGACUCAUGUGUCUACAAAUACUAUUAGAGGUGUGCCGUCCUGAACUGGACGCAACGCGCCAGCCUCAGGGAGUGCGCUGAGGGAAAAAAAGGGAGGCGGGAGGAGGAGGAGUCCGCGGGAGGUCUUGGUGUCGCGCGUACACAAUUCGCCCACAUGCGCUCGUUUUCGGAGAUUUGUCGGAUUGUUGCGAGGUUGGCAGGGCGCACGGAACAGAUUAUGGUUGGGCCCAUCGACCGAUCGAAUUGUUCAGGGUUAAGUUUGUCUAGGGUGUUUCGAGAAUUAAAGUGGUAAAGAGGUGGUAGGUACUUGAAUUCUUUGGUCCGUCACUUUCUCUUGUCAUGUUUUUUUGAAGUUCUUUGUCGGUUUCUGAUCUUGCGGAGCCCUUUGGGUUGCACUGCUUAGCUCUUU